AUGCUGUUAACUCGUGCUGCCACAGCAUCGGUCCGAAGUCUCACCACAGCUCCACAUUCGUCAAGUGGAUUAUGUGGUCCGGCAGUGCGAUUGCUUAUGCUACAGUAUGGUGUUGAUCAAAAGGAUGUGAAAGCAACAGGACCCAAGGGUAACAUUAUGAAAAGCGACGUACUUGGACUCAUAAAGGCAAGUGGUUUGAAACCCGUCGUUGUCAGUGUUGCUCCACCUCCUGAGCCAGCUGCAGCUGCUCCAAGCUCUGGACCUAGUGCACCGCCGAAAGCUCCUGCAAAGCCAACCGGCUCAGUGCGCCAUAUUGAGAAGUUCACUGAUAUUCCACUUUCCAAUGAGCGUGCCACUAUUGCAAAGAUGUUAGUUCAGUCGAAGCAGUCCAUUCCACAUGGGUAUCAAUCAGCGACUGUGCAAGCAGAUACAAUAAUGGCUAUUCAAGCAGAAUUGCAAGGCAAAGGAGUUGAAGUGCCUCUCAACAGCUUCAUCAUCAAAGCAGCAGCACUUGCCUUGCGGGCGGUGCCCGAAGUUAAUGUACAGUACUCCUCCGAAUCUCACCUGACUUUCCUGCCAACAGUUGACAUUUCCGUUGCGUAUGGUUUGACCAAUUUUGUUGUGAGGUCGGCUGACAUUCUUGGCGUUCAAGAUAUAUCUGUCAGAGUGAAGGAUUUGGCCGAUCGUGCAAGUGAAAACAAACUCCGCCCGGAAGAAUGUCAAGGAGGAUCGUUCACCAUUUCAAACUUGGGAAUGUUUGACAGCGUAGAGCAGUUCACAGCCAUUAUACAUCCACCGCAAGCGGCAAUUCUAACUGUCGGAGGAACUAGAAUCGAUAUGGAUGAAAACUUCAAGCCAAGAAAUAGAUUCACGGCUACAUUAUGUUUCGAUGCCCGAGCAAUCACAGAAACUUCCGCACGAUUGUUUUUGGACCAUUUCGCGGCUUCGCUUUCGGAUCCCGACUUCAUGGUCGCAGAACCCAUUAGUCCCGAACUGAAUUUUGAUUUCGCUCGUCUCCUUUUUACUCACCAUGUAAAGCCAUUGCUUCCAUUGACACUACGCACUAUCACACGUGGACAACAUUUCCUUGCAAGCGUUCCGUUGAAGAAGCGAGGAGUGGACAAGGUAUCGGCCGAUGAUCUCAAGGGAAAGAAGUUUUAUGAAGAACUGGGAGAUGCAGAUCGACCGAAUCUGGAAGUAGUAUGGAUCUCUCGUGAUAAAGAAGCGCGCGGAUCAGCUGGAGUACUAUGA